AUGGCUGGCUACAUGAUGAUGAUACGAUCAAUGGCUCACGAGCUCAUCCCAGCUCCAAUCCAAGACUUCAUCUACUCUUCUCUCCGGUCCCUCUUCAACCGCUCUUCCUCCACGACUCUGACUCUAACCAUCGACGACGACAACAUGGGCAUGAGCAACGAGAUCUACCGAGCAGCACAGACUUACCUCUCCACCAAGAUCAGUCCCGACGCCAUCAGGCUCAGAAUCAGCAAAGGCCACAAAGACAAACACGUCAACUUGUUCCUCAGCGACGGUGAAAUCGUCAACGACGUGUACCAAGACGUGGAACUUAAAUGGAUAUUUGUAACAGACGGCGGAGACAAGAAAGGCGGCGGCGGAGGAGGAGGAGGCGGAGGAGGAGGGAGGAGAGGCGGAGGCGGUGGAGGGAGGAGAAGCCCUGUCGACGACGACGGUAAAAGCGAGUACUUCGAGCUGAGUUUCGACAAGAAACAUAAAGACUUUAUCUUAAACUCUUACAUCCCUUACAUAGAGACCAAAGCUAAAGAGAUCAGAGACUCGAGACGAAUCUUGAUGCUGCACUCUCUCAACUCUCUGCGAUGGGAAUCGGUUAUCCUCGAGCAUCCUUCCACGUUCGAGACGAUGGCUAUGGAAGACGAGCUCAAGCGUGACGUCAUCGCGGAUCUUGAUAGGUUUAUAAGGAGGAAAGAUUUUUACAAGAGGGUUGGGAAAGCGUGGAAGAGGGGUUACUUGCUGUAUGGGCCACCUGGUACCGGGAAGUCUAGUCUUGUUGCAGCUAUGGCUAAUUAUCUCAAGUUUGAUGUCUAUGAUCUUCAGCUGGCUAGUGUGAUGCGUGACUCUGACCUAAGGAGGCUCUUGCUAGCGACACGUAACCGGUCGAUUCUUGUCAUUGAAGAUAUUGAUUGUGCGGCGGAUUUGCCUAAUAGAGUGGAACAACAGCCUGGUGAAGGCAAGAACCGUGGCGAAUCUCAGGGACCUUUGACGUUAUCAGGGCUGUUGAAUUUUAUAGACGGGUUAUGGUCAAGUUGUGGAGACGAGAGGAUUAUAAUAUUCACAACGAACCAUAAAGAUAGGCUUGACCCGGCUUUACUACGUCCGGGUCGUAUGGAUAUGCACAUUUACAUGGGACAUUGUACUUUCCAAGGAUUCAAGACUUUAGCCUCUAACUAUUUGGGCUUGAGUGACACCACAAUGCCACACCGUCUUUACCCGGAGAUAGAGAGACUGAUGGAAGGGGAUGUGAUUACGCCGGCACAAGUGGCAGAGGAGCUGAUGAAAAGUGAGGAUGCUGACUUGGCGCUUGAGGGUUUGGUGAGUGUUUUGGAGAAGAUGAGGUUUAAAGCUGAUGAAUCGAGUCAGGUGAUGAUGAAGAAGGAGGGUAGAUUGGAGAUGGGUGAGAUGACAUUAAAGGGUGAUAAAGAGGGUUCUCCGAGGAAGAAUAGCAAAAGGAUUAAGAAACUUGUUCUGUUUUGGACCUAAGACAGUGUGUUUAGAAACUCCUGUGAUCCGGUGUUAGUUCAAAUAAGAAAAAGGAUUAUGAGUAAGACAUAAAUAGACUGAAGAGCCUUACUGUUGUAAGUGUUAACAAGAAGUUUGGAAAUCUCUGAUGAUAUAAAUUAAGUGUUUUAAAAAUUUCCUUACAUAUUUAAGGUUGUGAAUCCUUGUAGACCCAUUAAGUAAUAUGGAAUCUUCAUAGAAAUGGCUGAUAUGGUCUAUAGAGGUACAUUAUAAGAAUGUUAUCCGAUGCACAUUAUUGAUUUAGCUAAUAUGAAAAGAGUGUUUGAAUGUUAAAGCGAGGAGUGGAGAGUCAAAGAAAGAGACUAAUCCACAACCACAAAGCAUUUAUA